AUGUCCGAUCAAUUUGACCGAGCAGAUCGAUUGGAGAAACACGCGGCGUCCAACAGUGAAAACAACGGACAGGCUCAUCUAGAGCGGUUGCGGACUAAGGGAGGUCACGAUGACGACCGAACCCAGCCUUCGCUACCUGUUGUGCAUCGCAGCUUUGCCAAUCCUGCACCUCUGGGUCUACUCUCCUUUGCGACUGGUAUAUUCUUGAUAUCCAUGUAUGGUGUCCAAGCUCGCGGAAUCGCGACACCAAACGUCCUGGUCGGGGUCCUGAUGUUUUUUGGCGGAGUCUGUCAAUUCAUCUCGGGCAUAAUGGAAUUUGUAGCAGGCAACACGUUUGGUGCCACGGUCUUUCCUUCCUACGCCGCCUUCAAUCUAUCUUACGCCAUGAUCUAUAUCCCAGGCACCGGUAUACUUUCAUCCUACACAGACGAGUCUGGCCAGCUUAAUGCCCAAUUUCCACAGGCCUUGGCUAUGUAUGUUUGGGCAUGGUUUAUUCUUACUGCCAUCUUCACCGUCGCUGCCAUGCGAUCCUCCUGGGUUCUCUUUCUUGAUCUUUUCUUCCUGGAUAUUGAGCUUCUCCUCCUCGCCUGCGGGUAUAUGACCGGCAUGGAGUCAUUGCUCAAGGCAGGUAACUCGAUUGGUUUCAUUGUGGCCUUCCUAUCCUAUUGGGCCGGUUGUGCUGGAUUGUGGGCUGGAGGUUUGACUCCAUUAGAUAUACCCACGUUUGCGAUGUAUAAAGCGAAGGAAUGA